AUUCCAAUCGCAAAUUCAGCCGUUAUCGAUCACAAGGAGAGCCGAUUAGAUACCGGCGCUAAUCGAUCGCCACUUUAUCGAAAAGACAUUCGUCACUCAACCGAUGUCCACGAAAGGAACGACAGGUCUUUCCCAUCGAGAGUCAAAUAACUAGUGAUUCAAUGAAUCGACGACUGAUGACAGACAAGACUUUGCAUAUAUUUAUGGUUUGAUUCGCAAACUAAAUCUCUAUUUUCAUGUGUUUUUUGAGUUUAUUCUCAGUUUCAGUAUUCAAAUCAUUUUGAUUUUGAAACCAUUUACAGAAUAGGGCCGGUAUUUGACACACUUUACCCUUAGAUAUCAUUUUGUCAGCAAUUUGUUGUUCAGUUACGAGUACUUUUCGAGCAAAUCAUUGAUUUUGUUUUGUUUUCCAAAAUAUUUGCCGAAAAAAUAUUGCAAAACAAAAGUCAUUAUAAAUGAGUUACUUAUGAGCAG